AUGGCGGAGCGGGAGGAGUCCUGGCAGGCGAUGGCCGCCUUCGCGGAGGCGGUCAUGCGCCGCAAGGAGGAGGUUAUAGGAGCAGCAGAAUUGUGUUACAAAGUUUCUGAAGGAUUAUAUGAAAGUGCAAGAGAAAAGAAAUGGCGUAUUACAGUACAUCAGUGUGAAUCUGUUACUCAAUUUACACAAUUCCAUUUAAAUCUUGGUAUAGAUUUCAUUCUUUUGGUUUUUGAUUGGAGAACUUUACAUUCUUUGACUGAAGUGGAAACAAAUAUAAAUCUCAUAGAUGAAUAUUAUAUAAUUUCUGGAGCUGUAUGUCUAAUAAACUGCAAAGGAAUUUCAAAUAUUAAGGGAUUGUCUUCCCAUAAAUCAGCAAAAAUACGAGAUAAAUAUAAUAUUCGACUUUUGUCUGUUGAUGUUUUUAAGCCACAAGUGUGUGUUCAACUAGGUAUUAGAAUAUUGAAUUUAGCAGAAGCUGUAUUGGGCAUAACCAGUGGAAUUCCUACUCCUACAUUAUUAAUAUAA